AUGUGGUUAAAGGAUCACCCUCUGUUUCUUGAAAAGAUAUUGCGUCUCGAAGGCAAGGGCAACCUCAGGAAUGCACCGUGUUCUAGGUGUGGGGAUCUUUCCCCCAAGUAUCGAUGCGAAGACUGUUUUGGCGUCAAUCUCCACUGUUCAUCUUGUAUCAAGGCUGCACACCAACUCCAUCCACUCCAUAGAUUGCAGAAAUGGAAUGGAAAGUACUUCGAACGUGUCACCCUGAAAGCCCUUGGGCUCCGAAUACAAUUGGGCCAUGCACCUGGUCAGGCGUGCCCCAAUCCCCGUCGCGCCUUCAACAAUGAUUUUUUUGUCAUGGAUUCCCAUGGUAUCCAUGAGGUAUCACUCGACUUCUGCGAUUGUACAGAUGCAGUCGCACACGUACAGCAACUUCUUCGCAUUUCUUGGUUUCCUUCCACGACGGCCGACCCUAAAACAGCAGCAACAUUUCAUCUCCUGGAGGAAUUUCAUAUAUUGUCUUUUGAGUCGAAGGUCUCAGCUUACGAAUUCUACAAUGCUCUUGCACGGAGAACCGACAACACCGGUCUGGCCCCUGCUAAGACUCGAUAUGAGUCUUUCAUGCGAAUGAUACGUGAAUGGCGACAUUUAACUAUGCUUAAGCGUUCUGGCAGAGGGCACGACCCUAAAGGCGUGGAUGCUACAGGAGAAGGAGAAUGUGCCGUGUUGUGUCCUGCUUGUCUGCAUCCUGGUAAAAAUUUACCGGACAAUUGGGAGAAUGCUCCUCGGGCGAAACAUUGGAUGUAUGCAUUGUUUGUUGCCAUUGACGCCAACUUCUAUCUCAAGCGGAAAGUUGUCUCCAACAAUAUCACAGACCCCAGUUUAAGUCGCGGCUGGACUUAUUUUGUAGAGGAGGCAGGGUACAAGGAAUUCCUCGCAGAGAAAUUUGACAUCGUUCAAGAGAAAUCUACUUGUUCAAGUCAUAAUGCAGUCAACAUGGCAGACACGAAGACCAACCGGGGCCUGGCUGCUACUGGUCUGGGCACCAUCAACUGCGCAUGUCACAAUAUGAAAUGGCCAAACGCAGUCGGAGACCUGCAAAAGGGUGAAAAAUAUAUAAAUAUGGACUACUUAUUCUUUUCGACCCUUUGCCAUUCGUCCCUGCAAACUCUCAACAUCUCGUAUGAUAUUGCCUGCCAAUGGCAUAAAAAGCUAUGGCAGCAUAUGAGCGCGUUCCCUACUUCAAUGCAGUUCGAUCACACUUCCAAGGUCAUCUCUUUCUUUGUGCCAAAGUUUCACCUACCUGUGCAUGUUGAGAAAUGCCAGACUACGUUUUCAUUCAACUUCAAACGAGGUGUUGGUCGCACAGAUGGCGAAGCACCAGAACAUGGGUGGGCCAACAUCAACCCCGUUGCAUCCAGCACGAAGGAGAUGAGACCCGGUGCAAGGUGGGAUACCUUAGAUGAUUUCUUUGGUGACUGGAAUUGGAAAAAAGUUGUCAGUCUUGGUACUACUAUGCAGCGCAAGCUUAAAGAGGCUGUGCCUCAAUGCGCGUAUCAUCAAGCAGCCCUUAACGACCUUGAAGAAGGCCUCCAAGAGGAAUUGCAGGUGGAGGCAUGGGAGAAUGAUCAAAUAAUUACACUAGCAUCUGUUCGGCUAGCGCUGGCCAAAGAAGAAGAACAAAGCAUACAGAGCGGGGCCCGUAUCUCACUUCACGAGGAUUGCUCCCCUAGUAUAUUGAUUAGUUCGGGGCUGGAACUUGAGGAGCAACAAUGGCGCUUGAGAGCCGACAAGGAUGGUCGUGGUUUACAUGUCACAGACAAUCAAGAAGGUAAAUUAGUUGAGCGUAGUAAUGCAUUACAGCGUCGGCUCAAUUCCUGGGUAAAGAUGCAAGAGCUCUAUAUGCCCAACAUGGCGGCCAUGCAGAUCUCGGACAAUGCAACCGCCACAAAAGCUUCCUCCAUCUCUUCAACUGCUGAAGGCUUCAAGUUGUGGCUGCCCUUGCAGAUUGGGAGGUCUUUACCUUGCGAUGAAUCCCUGCAGAGGGUAGAAUGGAGACUUCGAUACGCUCAAGGCCAUGAUGCACUCCACUCUUUGCGCUCCUGCCUUCGUGCACAGACAGCCAUUCUCAAAUAUAAAGACCGAAACCUUCGAGGACAAGGGGCAAAUACUAGAGCUCGCAACACGCUCCAGGCGAUUGACACGAGGAUCGAAGCCGCUACUAGGAAAUAUGAAAGCAGUCUGUUGAAUGAGUCCGGCUGGCAAUCUUCGCUGCAUCCCUUAAACCACCAAGACAUACACUUGAUGUCUGACAUUCUCUGGGGAGAAUCAGAAGGCAGACGAAAGCUCUCGUGGAUCUGGAACAUGUGGGGUGCUGGUGGAAGCGAAAAAGACGACAAUGGAGCUUUAGAAGACAUGAGGAUUGAAUGGUGCAAGGCAAGAGCUCGCGCAAUGCGAUGGGAGGAGGAAGUAGCACUCCUUCAAGAGGAAAUGUGUCGCAUAGGAGCAUUUCUGAGGUGGGAAGCGGGGCGCUGGGACGAAAGGCACAAUGAGGUUGUACCGACUGACGCAGAGCAUGAGGACGGGUGCAUAGCUUAUGCACAUCGUCAGGCACACUUGCGCACGCAACUGGCAACCUCAUUUGAGGCACAUUGGGCACAGACACUGUCUCAUCUGAACGCGCAGGAUGGGUCCGAAGAAUGUAUUGUGGAUAUAGCCAGUAGCUAG